AUGACAGCGACUCAGCAAUGGAGCCUCAUCCGGGAUGGCCCUGCCAGCCAUACCCUCCUCUAUAGCUUAGCUAAUAUGUCAUUUCUAGAGGAUGUCCAAAAGCUGGUACAAGGUAUUCAGGGCAACAACGCUUAUGUCAGUGACACCUGGUCCUGUUACCAUCAACACCUUCCGAUAGAACCAAUCAUUACCGUUGAAAAACUUGGGCUCGAAGACGCAACACAUCUCGCUCAUUGGUAUUCAUGGACUACUCAAGGUAUCCUGGACAUUUUUGAUGGAUCUGAGCUGCUUGAGCAACUGCCCAAGUGGCUCGAAGAGCAGCCUUUGUCCCAACAUCCACUCGAUGCCAUCUUCCACAUGGUCAUGGCCAUCGGGCUCCAAACCUCGCCGCAAGACAGAGACGACGCGGCGGAGAAAUUUUUUCGCUGUGCCUAUUGGAAAACGUUCAGUUCGAUGGAAGAAUCCAGUAUCACAGCGUUGCAAGCCUCUACGCUGAUCACCUGGUACUUGCUCUGUUCCGGACGAAGAAAUGCCGCGUUCCUGCAUAUAGGUCUUUGCGUCCAAGCUGCUCAUGCUCUAAAUCUUCACCGUGAAGAGGUCUCUGCGUUGCUUUCUCCCAGCGAGUCGAGAAAAAGAGAAAGAAUUUGGAAAACAAUUCGAAUUCUGGACGGCUACAUGGGCACUACCCUCGGCAGACCUCCCUUGACCUACUACCAACUACUGGAUGACAGACAUCCAACGACAUAUUCCGCAAGUUACAGCCUCAUUGACGUGUUUUCGGUGAUCCUACGAGAAGUGAUCAAUCGGCGCCAUGUUUCGGAAAAUGCACUUAAUCGAGUCAGUCACCUUCUGCGCAUGUGGACUAGUUGUCUUCCUGAGGGUCUAGCGAACGACCAAAUCCAAUCCGUACCUGAAAUUGAUACGAAAAUGGCUGAGGAUCGACCGAAAAGGCUACACAUGAUCAUACACGGCAUUUUUGUCUCGGCCCUUGUCCUUGGCGUUGGUCACUUUGGCGAUCUCGACUUGCGAUUCCCGAUUGAUCAAAGCCUUGCAAAGGCUUGCGAAUUGCUUGACUUGUUCGGGAGGCGGGACUCGCUUGCUCAGACGAGCAAAAUCAUCGUCGACGGACUCCAAAUAGCAUGCAAAACCUACGUGAGGACAAGAAAUGAUCGAAGUUGCAAAGACCAGCUCCAGCAGGUCAAGCGGCUGUUUGGCGAUGUUGAGAGUCAAACUUCUCUAGUUGAGAAGGCAGAAUCUCCAGCCACCCAACCACAGCCACCACCCAAUUUCGAGGAGCCCGUUCAGUGUGCAGCUCCGGAAUAUCGGUCCUAUCCAAUGGUUGAGUCAGAGAAUCAGGUCUCCGAUUUCUCGCUUAAUCCUCUGCCAGCGGGAUUUGACGACCAGGUCGAAGAAUAUCGACUUGACUCAGCCAUACUUGGCAAUCCUGGCUUGAUGUGGGAUGAAUCUUCCACAGAUUUCAGCGUUAACGCAUACGAGGACACAAAUUCAUUCUUCACGCCACAUGCUUCAGCGACAGCAGUGUGA